GAAAGCAAGGAAUAUUCCAAAUUUUUGCAUGCAUUUUUGUUUUCAUUUUAAUAAUUGUUUAUCAAGUCUGAUACGAUAAAGACAUUGCUCACCAUGACAUUCAGCCUGUAUUUUUAGGUAUUCAACAUGUCUGACCUCCUUCACAUCAUCCCUUGCGGCUUUCACAAUCCCAUCUUUGGAAGUUACUUCACCAUUUAAGCUUUAAGCACUGGCCCUGUUCUUGUGAGACACUUGGCUUAUAUUCAAUUCCCAUGAUAUGUCCUAAUAUAAGCUUAGAAACAUACAAAGGGGGUAUUUGGAAAAGAUGUAUUAUCUCUUGUGUAUGUCUUGAUCGAUGCUGUUGGACAGGGUCCAUGCCAGACCAAAUGUUUAUCUAUUUAUCCACAUGUAUAACCAAAUGAUGUUUCCUUGUGGCUGGUGAGUUGCCCCAGCAGUAGUUCAAAUUUUAUUGAGCGGGUGGCAAUUCACUUCCAAACAAGAUUAAUCUCAUCCUAUUUUGUGUCUUAACCUAAGCUGUUACAAAGUAUCUCUUGAUUACAGUUCAAAAUAAGUUUAUUGCUUUGUGGUGCCAAGUGACACGGGAUGUAAUCCUAUCAGGGGUCAAAACACAGGUAUAAAAGGUAAAAUCAGAUGUGUAGCACCAGUUCACUGACAAGGUUGCAGCAGACAAGAACGAUUGACAGCUAAGAAUCUCCUUCCAAGAUCAAAUGGCAAAAAAUUGGGGAGAACCAGUGUUUGCUGCGAGGCGACAAUAUGACGAUACAACAACAGAGUCUAUGUUUACUUACACAAACAGCAAUAAUACCAGAGGUCCUUUUGAGGGUCCUAAUUACCACAUUGCUCCUCGAUGGGUUUACAACCUUGCAACCCUCUGGAUGUGUUUUGUGGUCAUUGCAUCGUCCUUCACCAACGGUCUCGUUUUGGCUGCCACAGCAAAAUUCAAGAAACUCCGCCACCCUCUGAAUUGGAUCUUGGUCAAUCUUGCACUUGCUGAUCUUAUAGAGACACUUUUUGCCAGCACCAUCAGCGUAUGCAACCAGUUUUUUGGUUACUUUAUUCUGGGACACCCCAUGUGCAUGUUUGAAGGUUUUAUUGUCUCAACUAGUGGUUGCAGUGCUCUCUGGUCUCUGGUUGUCAUCUCAUGGGAGAGGUGGGUUGUUGUGUGCAAACCAUUUGGAAACACAAAGUUUGAUGCUAAAUUGGCUAUAGCUGGGAUUGUCUUCUCUUGGGCCUGGUCAGCAGCGUGGUGUGCUUGUCCCCUCUUUGGCUGGAGCAGAUUCUGGCCUCAUGGACUGAAGACUUCCUGUGGGCCUGAUGUAUUCAGUGGAAAUUCAGAUCCUGGAUGCCGGUCCUACAUGGUCUGGCUUAUGAUUACAAACUGUAUUAUUCCCCUGGGAAUCAUCAUCGUGUGCUAUAUUGCCGUCUGGUGGGCUAUUCAUUCAGUUGCCAUGCAACAGAAGGAAUCAGAAUCAACCCAGAAAGCUGAGAGAGAAGUAUCCAGGAUGGUCCUUGUCAUGAUUUUUGCAUACUGUUUCUGCUGGGGACCUUACACCUUUUUUGUCUGCUGGGGUACGGCUUACCCUGGAUAUGCCUUCCAUCCUCUGAUGGCUGCCUUGCCUGCGUACUUUGCCAAGAGCGCCACCAUCUACAACCCAAUCAUCUAUGUAUUCAUGAACAGACAGUUUCGCUCAUGCAUCAUGCAGCUCUUCGGCAAACAAGUGGACGAUGGCUCUGAAGUAUCUACAUCAAAGACAGAGGUUUCCUCUGUGGCUCCUGCAUAAACCCUUGUGUUCUCUGUUUUGGCAACAAUCUACAGUAAGAACUACAAUGACUUGUACAGAAACUGUAUUUUUUUCGUUAUUUGAAUUUUUAGCAAAACUAUAGCAAUGCAAAUACAAAAGAAAUAAAAAACACAUAAGGCAAAUAAAAGCAAA